CGUCUACUUCUGCAAGACUUCGCUUUACCAUCGUGGAAUAGCGGGCGUGGGAGGAUAGUAGAGGAAGUACCUUUUAAGUAGUAUCUCCUGUGCCAACCGUUAGAGUAAAGUAAGUGUUAAACAAGUAUUUGUGACAGUCGCGCAUCCAGUGUGAGUUCUCCCAGACUUAUUUUGGAUUGAAACAAUACUUGUUGGGCUAGCAGCUCCAGCUUUUUGGUUACAUUUGGAAAUGUCACACAUCCCUGGACAGCCAAUCGCAGCUGUUGUGCAACGUGUUGAAAUCUAUAAGCUACGUCACGGUGAGAAUCUGAUCCUUGGCUUCAGUAUUGGUGGUGGAAUUGACCAAGAUCCGUCACAAAACCCUUACUCUGAAGAUAAAACAGAUAAGGGCAUUUAUGUAACCAGAGUGACAGAAGGUGGUCCAGCUGACGUUGCAGGACUUCGUCCAGGAGAUAAAAUAAUGCAGGUAAAUGGGUGGGACAUGACAAUGGUGACACAUGAUCAGGCACGGAAACGUCUUACAAAGUCAAAUGAAGACGUGGUGAGGCUUCUGGUGACCCGAAAGUCUUUGCAGGAGGCUGUUCGAAAGUCAAUGAUGUCCUAACAUUGUAAAUGAAGAUGAUAUGGAAAGAACCAAUAACUGCAGUGUGUAUCAUACCUUUGACAAUACACGGACUCCCUAGUAAUUUGCACUGGUUGGAUUGUCAAUACCUCUAGAAACUGAUUACUUUUUUAAAUGACAAUAACACUAAACUUAACUGGAUUAUGUGUAGAAAUCCUGACCACCUACACCAGGGGUCUCAAACUCAGAUGACCCUGAGAAUUGUAGGAUGAGUAUCAGCACUCUCAGCCAGGGACCAUUGUCUCGAAAUAUCAUUGUGGCUGUUAACAUAGUGCAGUACUUCUUUCACCUUGAAUUUUCUUUGAGGGCUGCUUGGAGCCCGAUGGCCCUGACUUUGAGAUCAUUGUCCCAUGUGUACUUAUAUGAUGCUGCAUUUUAAGGACAUAGUACUAUCUAGAAAAUUUUGUUAGAAAACCAUUAAAUUCUUGCCAUAUUAAAAUAAACACUUCCCCAUAUUAGUGGGUGUCUCUUUCCUAAUUUUAUCAAGGCCUUUUUCUUUUAUGAGCUUUGAAAUCAUUCUUUAUUACAGCCAUGAAUAUAUAGGUAUAUCUGUGUAAUUACUGUACAGGUGUGUUGGUACACCUCAUAUUGAAUGUAAAGUGUAAACCCCUUAAGUUCACAGGAUGUGCUAUUGAUUCUAUGUAAGGAAAUGUAUUCAGUUUCAAAACAUUCCAUAUGUAAACAUUUUGAUGAUGAAUUUGAUCUCUGAGUUGUGCUUUUAAACUUUUUCUUUCUUUUUUUUUUUUGUAUACAUGCAGAGGGCUCUGGUUCAUGAAUUUUGUGAUUAUUUUGUUGGUUCAUACAAAAAUGCAGCAUGUAGGGUUGCCAACUCACAGGCAUUGUUUCUAGGUUUGAUUCCAGUCUAACCUUCUGUACAGAUAAGAGAUGAUGUCUCAGAGCCCAUACGUUUUUGUUGCCCAUCCAUAGAACAUGCCAGUAUGUGAAUUAUUGAUUCUUUAAAUUGACUGUGUGUAAACAUCCUGCAGUGGACUGACAUCCCAUACAGAUGUGGUGGUUCUCUGCCAUAUGCUUGCUUCUCAGUAGGCUGGGUGCCUUGUGCAGCCCUGAAUGAGGGGAGGUAAACUAGGUAUCCAAAAGAAUGAAUGGAACUUUUCCUUAUAGCUGACUAUAUUAAUUUUAGUUGUUUGUAGUUUAUUGCAUGGAAAAUGCAUGUAUCUCUGAUAUAUGCAGUAGUCAUAUGUUCACAGCUUCACAACACAAACACUUUGUGAAUAGUAACACAUCUGCUGCAUCAACAGUGAGAUGUUAAAUGAACAUUACUAUAGCCAAGAGCCUUGGAAAGAGAAGAUGAAAAUGUAUUAUACCUUUUAAAGUUCCCUUUCUAAUCUUUACUAUGCAAUAUUCCCUCUCAUUUGCACUUGUCUAGCUGGGUAUAUGUAAUUAUGCUAAUUAUUCUGUGGUUAGCAUUGCUGCACAACAGCAGUUCUGCAUUUUGAGUCUUGGCUAGGGUGCCUUUUGGAUAUCAUCUACAUGUCCUGUGUGUGCCUUUGUCAGUUGCUUAUGUUCUCCACUCCACCCCUUGUCCAGUAUGUGCCAUUGUAAACUGGCAAGAUAGUGUGUGCUUCCUGCAAUGGGCUUAGCACCCUGUCUGGCUUACUUUCUUUGCUUUGUGCCCACUGAGUAUGUACAUAGGCUCUGCGUACCCUAUCAUUCCAAAUUGGAUUAAGCAGCCAAUAUAAGAAUGAAUAAGCAUCACAUGAUCAGUAAAGAAUUAGUCAAAGUAAUUCAUUUAGUCAACUUCUGGAAGGGUGUGCACACAUCCCAGUGAUAACUAGAGCUCUUAAGUUUCACCUACCAUGAUUUUCAAUUUAUUUUUAGUUCAAGAGAUUCAGUGAUGUAAUCUUGUUUUAAUUGCAGAUGCAGUCUGCACACCAGUGUCUUCAGUAAAUCCAUUAUAAUGUUGCAAAGAAUAGUAAUAAAAACAUAAUUUAGGUUGGCAUUUAGAGUACUGAAGCUGCCAUUUUAAUAUUAAAGAUCUCCUCACUAUAAUUUAAGUUUCACUGCUGAGUAUUUGGUAAUAUUUUUUCAGUAAAUAUUUACUGAAACUUCUAAAGUGUGUGCCUUGAAGGGGAUCAUGAACAGAUGUGCCUGUUUCCACUGUAUUGGUCUGUAAACAAUUGGGCCUUGUAAUGUUAUGAUGUUGUGUGCACUAGAGGUCUGAGCCACACAAUGACAACAGACCAAAUAAAGUGGUUAACUUUGUAGUCAGACAGUAGGUAUUUUACUCCUUUCUUCCUGUCAAGUGAAUUUUUUACUGCAAUUAUGGAUUCUUUCACAUUAUCAGUCACCGUGCAUUCUACUAAGACAAAUUCAAAUACACACUAGUCAGGUACCUUUGCAAUCCAUAUGAAUUUUAUGACCAUAAUUAGAAAAGAUCCAUGUCUGUAGGUCAGCAAAUCUUUUAACAGAGUGCCAAUCCAUAGGGGAAAAAAUGGCCAAAACAACUGUUGAUGCCCCUGAAACAUAGUUUAUUUUUGCAGGUAGCAAACCCUUUUGCACCCCUCUUGUGGAAGGGCCCCCUCACUACCCAAACUUUAAAUGUACUCCAUGGUCCCAUAAUAGUGGAGAGAAAAAAGAAAACUCCACCGUCUAUGGAAGUUUUGGACAGUUUCCUUUGGUGCAGCUACAGUCACUUAAAUGGUUGUUGUUCCAACACAUUUGUAAUUAAAGAUAUUUCUAGAAGACUCCAUGAGUUUGUACUUACUACAGACAUUAUAUGUAAUGCACUCCAAAUCAUGAAAUGUUUAGGCAGAUCAGAAAUCCUUGGUACAUUGACUUGACUUCAGUCAAAUGACAACAGUUUAAUACUUUCAUUGGAAGGAACUGCUACUCAAGUGCAUUUCUUCUUUCCUUCAGGUGGUCUAGUUUUAGUGCAGAGUAUGCUGGGACUGGCUUUGAUAGCUAUAUAAUGGCCCACAGAACCAAAGUCUUUUUAACCUUUUUUCACCAGUGCUGUGCACAUACUUCAAAUUAUUAAAUUUUUAAUUUAUAAAUCAUCUUUGAUUGUACAUUGGAAAAUGUGUAACUGUUUUGUAACAUUUGUCAUGGACUCCAAGAUAACUUCCAACAUUUUGUUGUCGCUGUUCUGAAAAUAAUCGAACCAUGUUCCAAUGUCAAAGUUGCUGUCUUUCGAAACAAAACUGUAACACUUAAAAAUGCUUAGUAUUUGCAUAAUUGUUAAUAGAUGAAGGUGCAGCUGUUGGCAACUGACUUAAAUCCACACAACACUCAUCUCAAAACUAGUGUUUCCAAGGUAUUGUUAGGGGCACUCAGGAUAUAGUCAUAUUAUUUACCUUCUACCCAUUAGUGCUGUCAUGGCUGUCGUGGUGAGUGGGCGGGGAUGGAUUUUUUUAGCCUGUUACCAAACAGUACAUACCUUUGUGUAGAGGGGGAAAAGCACCUCCUGUAGCGACAGGAUAUGGCAAGAAAGCCAUAUAAUUAACUUAGCAUGGGGGUGUUAAUAUAACUUAAUGGAAUAAAACUAUUGUAAACAUGCCUGGGCUGUUUUAAUUUAAAUUCUAGCAUGUAUUAUUGUUCAAAAUUAAAUAAAAAAUGUGUAUGCUGUGAUGUACAUAGCAUAUCCCUUCCUCAGUGUUUGAACAGCACAUGCCCAGCAGGGUUUUUAUGUAGUUGAGCAAAUUCAGAAGUCUGUGUGUAGAGGAUUUCUGUGUCAUUUUAAUGACGUCUGUAUCUCCACUUCAUUGGCGCAUGUCAUUCAUAAACACUGGAAGUACAUGUCUCUGUCUAGCUACCCCUCUUAGUCUGAUCUAGCUUAAUAGGUGUGACUCGGGGGGGGUACAGUCUAUAUUUCCUUUACAUAUAGCUUCACUUGGGAACUGGUAGCUGCAGUGAAGUUGCUCUUUUUAUUGAUUCCUGUUAAGUUAUCUGUACUGUUUUAGGAUCCUGUUUGAUUAUUUGUGCUUACAGUUUUGCAUAAUGGGAUGUAUUUGCUUUGAUUGAUUAACAGUGCAUAGUUUUUAACUGCAUGGUAAAGUAGGAUAUUUUGCUCAUGGUGCAAGUUUUCUUGUUUAGGGUGGGAAAAAUUCUUAUCAGUUAACUGCACCCAGGUCGUAAGUCAGCAUGUUAUGUAAACAUCCACAUUUAAAAAAAAAUGUUUUAAACAGUGAAAGGGAGUUCUAAAAUAUACGAAUAAAUUGAUAGAAUGAUCCCUGUUGUACUGUGUACAGAUUACCUUAACACACUUAAGAAAAUUAUUUUUGAAUUGAUUUUCUUGUGUUAUAAACAUUCGUGACAUAUUCAUUGUCAGGAAGGCUGUUUUGUACCUGUAAGAACUAGUUCAAAACCUAGUGUAGUUUAUUGACUAAAUGUAGCCUAGCAAGGAAUGUUGAAUAGCUUAUUUUGCUUAAGCUCACUGAAGCUGGGAACUUUGACUCACUGCUGUUUCACAAGGAACUUUGGCAUUCUGCUGUUCGUCUGUUCCACAAGGAACUUUGGCAUUCUGCUGUUCGUCUGUUCCACAAGGAACUUUGGCAUUCUGCUGUUGGUCUGUUCCACAUUGAUAUUCUAAUCAGACGUGAUUCAUUCGGUCAACUGACAUUCCGUGUAAGCAGUUGGGUCUACAUCGUAAGCCAAUCUGAUAAGGGAACCUGGCUUUAUGGCAGUAUGCACCUACUUGGUCACCAAAUGUAAAUGUUGUUUUGAUAAUAUGUAAAUUAUGCAGAACACUUCGCACUCCUUGAACUUUGUGCAGACAUUUGUUUAAAAAUUCAGUAAAUUUAUAACCAAGUUUUUCACUGCCAAUACCAGUGUUGAUGUGUUUUUUUUUCUUAUCAAUACAGCAGUAACUGAUUAAUCUCUACAUUUUAGUUAUUAAAACUAUGCUUAUUGUCUGCUCCAAAUAUUGUACACUUCUAUGCAAAACUGACAUGGUCAUGCAUUGUUCUGUGACAUGGAGUAUCAGUUCAUGUUGUCUUCACAUUACAUUGUGUUCUUUCUAGAAUAUUUACUACUGUUUUUGAAAGCUGACCUACAAUAAACAUGUUACUUCUGUUUUGCUCAAUAAAUAUGUAUUAUGUUACAGUGCCA